AUGGCCACCGUCGGCGUCGUCCUCCUGCUCCUCCUACUUGCACCGUUCCUCGCGGCCGCCGAUAUGUUGUGCGACAACCGUAAGGCCGCCUUGGUCACCCUCCCAAAUAACACCUCCUCCUCCCCGGUACGCUUCGCCACUGCCGCCUUCGGCCGAGCCCCCGACAUCGUCUACGCAUUCACGAUCUGCCGCGGCGACAUCGUCGGCGUCAUCUCCAACCAGUCCUACUGCCGCGAGUGCGUCAGCAACAUGACUGACAAGGUGUUGAACGCUGCGCCGCAGCAGUGCUACAACGGCACCUACCACGACUACGAUGACCGCUGUAUCCUCGUCUACUCCACAGACGACAUCAUCGCGCCGCCGUCUGGCGAAAACGGCGGCGAUGACACGCCAGUCGAGAGAUGGAACGACAAGAACGUCACCGGCCAUGCCGAUGAGGUCCGCCUCAUCACCGGCCUCAUCCGUGAGCUUCUGGUGCAGACGGUGGAGAAGGCGGCCAGCGCGGCGCCGAUGCGAUUUGCCACAGGCAUCAUGGACAGCGGCACGACCUUCCCGAUGGUGCGCUCCUUGGCGCAGUGCAGACCAGACGCAUCCACCGUCGACUGCUUGGCGUGCCUGCGUCGUCUCCUAGGCGUGGUCAACGCCACCAUGUCCCUACGCAUGGGAGCACAGAUCAACGCCAUACGGUGUUAUUUCAGGUACGAGGCGUAUCGGUUCUAUGGCGGUGAAGCGACGCUGCGCCUCACGCCACCGCCGGCGCCGUCGCUAGCUCCGACUCCGGCAAAACGCAAGAGUAAAGCGGGAGAGGAAGAACUAGGAUGGCAAGGGAAGAAUUCAGAGUUCUCCAUGUUUGAGUUUGAACAGGUACUAGUGGCCACAAAUAAUUUUUCAGAAGAAAACAAACUUGGAGAAUGUGGCUUUGGCACU